GUGCGCGGCGCGGUGUGUGCAAGACAGCCCGCCCUUAUCGCGGGCGAUCUCCGGACGAGAGGUGCGCGCGCCCCGCGCCAGGAGAGACACAGACGCGCUCGACGGCCGCACGAGGAGGGGACCGGGAGCCAUGGCGGCGUGUCUGCAGAGGCUGCGGCGACGCAAGGUCUUCGCCGACGAGGAGGGCGACGGGCUGGGGCGGACCCAGCUGGCGCGCGUGCUCACCACCACGGACCUGACGGCGCUGGGGGUGGGCAGCACCCUGGGAGUGGGGGUGUACGUGCUGGCGGGGUCCGUGUCGCGGUCCACGGCCGGACCCGCCGUCGUGCUGUCCUUCCUAGUGGCGGCCGUAGCGUCCGUCUUCGCCGGUCUGUGCUACGCCGAGUUCGGGGCCAGGGUGCCGCGCGCAGGAUCCGCGUACAUCUACAGCUACGUCUGCGUCGGAGAACUGGUGGCGUUCAUCAUCGGCUGGAACCUCAUCCUGGAGUACGUCAUCGGGGCCGCGAGCGUCGGCCGAGGACUCAGCACGUACGUGGACGCCCUGCUCGGCGACGCCAUGCAGAACGAGUUCCGCCGCAUCGCGCCGAUAGACGUCAGCUUCAUGUCCGCCUACCCGGACUUCUUCGCGUUCGUGGUGGUCAACAUGUUCGCAGUUGCUUUGGCUCUCGGCGUUAAGGAAUCAACGAAUGUAAACAACAUUUUUACCAUCCUUAACGUCACCGUCAUAUUGUACGUGAUCAUAACAGGGGCUUUCAAAGCUGACCCGGAGAACUGGAGACUGCGCAAGGAAGACAUCCCUCCGGAGGCGGGGGAGGGCGGCUUCUUCCCGUACGGCUUCGCCGGCAUGGUGAAGGGCGCAGCCACCUGCUUCUACGGGUUCGUCGGCUUCGACUGCAUCGCCACCUCCGGGGAAGAAACCAAGAACCCACAACGAGCAAUACCUCUUUCAAUCGUCAUUUCACUAACCAUUGUAUUCUUGGCAUAUUUUGGUAUCUCAACUGUGCUAACCAUGAUGUGGCCGUACUAUCUGCAGGAUCCAAACGCACCUAUUCCUUACGUAUUCUCCCAAAUAGAUUGGCCUGUGGCUAAGUGGAUUGUCAGUGUGGGAGCCAUAUUCGGAUUGUUUGCCAGUUUGCUGGGAGCGUUAUUUCCUCUACCUCGCGUUAUAUACGCAAUGGCCAAUGACGGAUUGGUAUUCCGCUUCCUUGGGAAGGUACAUCCAAGAUUCCAGACUCCUUUGCUGGGCACCGUGCUAGCUGGUCUGCUUACAGGUACAAUGGCGGCUCUGUUCGACUUGCAGCAUCUGGUAGACAUGAUGUCCAUCGGCACUCUCAUGGCUUACAGUAUAGUAGCAGCCUGUGUUAUGUUACUAAGGUACGCAGAGGACGGACCCGCGCCCAGGCCCGGCUGGCGGGCGGCCGACAACAAGAGCCGGUGCGCGCUUCUGUCCGAGCUGACGGCGCUCGUGUUCAACCUGCGCGGGUUCAAGGAGCCCAACAGGACCACCUCCUCGCUGGUGGCGUGGGAGGUGCUGGCCUACUUCGCCGCGUGCGUGGGCGUGACGGCGGUGGCGGUGCACGCCGAGGGAGGCCUGGGGCGAGGGGAGCCGCUGCCGUGGUUCUUCGUGGCGCUGUUCGCGGGCUGCCUCGUGGUCCUCGUGGUCUCCAUAGCCCUGCAGCCGGCGUCGCGGAGGAAGCUAUCCUUCAAGGUUCCGUUUGUACCUUUCAUACCCGGAUUAAGCAUUCUGGUUAACAUAUACCUCAUGAUGACUCUGGACUACCAAACAUGGAUUAGAUUCUUGGUGUGGAUGGCAGUAGGUUUUGCCAUUUAUUUUGGUUAUGGGAUAUGGAAGAGUUCUGGAGCAACGCCGGAGACAGCACAUGUGAAGAAGCAAAAAACAAAGAGAUAAUCGAUAUAAGAAAUACUCGUUUUGUUGUACUCACAUUCGACGCGCUCUCGCAAUGAAAGUUUCAAUAAUAAAAAAACAACCAUUACUAGGAAGGAAUUUCUACCUAAAUAUACUGUUACGUGUGGGAAAACAGGUUCGGAAAGGAUAGCCCAAAUUAAUUAAAUGCAGUUUUAUUUAAUACUGAUAUUUACACUGCCAAUUAAAUUCAAACACACUGAAAAUGUCUGUUCACACAAUAAUCACGCCUUCGUUCAGUUCACAGUUCACUCUCCCCACGGGAGCUCAACUCGACAGUGGCACUCUCUACUGGAUGUAUCUCACCGCUCACCUCUGUCCCAGCACACUGUCUCGCAUUGCACACUCGUCCGCGCCGCGACACAUCAGUCUCUGCACACGAAGCCGGGAGCUCGUCGUCCGGUUAUCGUCGCUCGCCGGUAGGUCACGCGCCUUUUCCACUUCGCUAGCUCGGAGGCUGGCGUCACCGUGUUUAAACCCCUCAGCCCCCCCCCCCACCUUUUCCUGGAAUCAUCUCGCAUCCUUCUGACGUGUCGCGUCAUCAAGGUCGACCCGACGCCCGAAGCUCCCAGAACAGCGGCCUCUUAGUCACGCCACUCCGCGCGGCGGCCUCUCCGGGAAGCCCGCAGAACCCUCCAGACAGUCGAUGACCGCGCCGCGUAAGGAGAGAGCCCGGGCCGGGGGGGGGGGGGGUAGCGAGACCCGGGCCGCUAAUCCGGGAAGGAAGGCGCCCCGUGCCACAGCGACCCACCCCGGGGGUGCUUACUUCCCGGCUGACUGGCCUGCCUCGGGCCCAGCCUCUAGCAUGCUCGCAGCAAUACUACACAUGGCAUAUGUAUACUUAUACGAGAACAUUCCCACUGAGAUUUCGACACCGCUCGUUGUCUAAAGAUUGCCCUGGGACAAACAAUAGUGUUUGUAAAAUAAAAACAGAACGGGACGACCAAAAUUGUCUGUACAGGAUGUUGACCGUGUCAUAGCAUCUUACCUGCGUAGUCCUAAGAAAUCUGUUCGGUUGCUACAUGCUUUCAAACCAAAUGGCUAUGGUGUACGUUGUAACUCCGCAAUUCAAUUGUUUGAGCGGGAAGAUGACUUUCUUGAUCUUGUGGUGUUCAGCGAUGAGUCAACGGUAAUGCCCAUAAUGUUCGUAUCUGGGGAUGUGUGCCGGAUAACUAAAAGUGUACACAUUCAACAUUUGUAAGAAAAACUAAAUUUAUGUUCAAUUUGAUGUAUGAUUUGUUGUAAAUAGUCCAAAUUAAACUGUUACAAUAUACCUUUAAAA